AUGGAGUCAGAAAACGGAGUCAGGUAAAUGUUCAUCUUAGUGGUAAUUUUGGUUUGUUAAGGUUCACUGCGUUGAGCUUAACUUGUACGUUUUACUAUUUUUAGUACCGACAAUUUCACCGCUUCCGCGGUAAAAGCGAACGAACAAGCGAUAGAGUAUAUUUCAAGCAUAGGUGAGUCGCUAAAUUUGAACGUCUGUUUAUUUAAAAGAUUAUCUAACUGGUGCAUACGAUGCUGGAAUUGGAAAGAUGUUUGAACUAACCAAACAAGCUUACUGCUUUUGAUGUUUUGAAGAGCUCACUGCGGAUUGUAAAUUUGAGUUCUUCGGGUUAUUUAAAUGUCUUUACUCUCUUAAGAAUCCAGUUAUCAGCGAUCAUCUCGAGAAAUAUAACAAAUCCAGUUGUAAGCUCAAGUGAGCUUACAUCGUUAAGUUUAGCUUCUGUCGCGCUCAGCCGAGGCCGUUUGAUCUUUAUGGCGGAAAUUUCUUAAUGUUGUGCAACCUAGGUUUUUGGUCGAUCUUUAAAAUUACAAAACGUACUAAUGCUGGAAUUCCAAUGCGUCCAGGCUUUUCGGUUUAGAAUGCUUUAGCCAAGAGCCAAAAAGAAAUUUGCAUGCUAUUUAAAAUUGCUUGAGUUACAUGCAUCGCCGGAAGGGCUUCACUCAUUACUCAAUAGGCUUAUUUAAUUUCGCUGGCAUAAAAAUGUUUAAGUCUGUCGUCCUCUGCCACUAUAUCGGCAAAUGUUGGCAUUUAGUUCUUCAGAAAAGUUAUUUCAGUUAAACUAUUGCAGCAAACUUUGAAACGUUUUAUGAAAAAAACGCCUGAGAAAUGGCAAUUCCGUAAGCUUAUGGUUUAGAAAAUGAAAAAGAAAAUUCUAAAAGGGGCAGGUUAUGAAAGAUUCGAAAUGAUGCUUGUAAUUCUUGGCUCACGCCGUAUGUUUUUAAUUUACCCAAAUUAUCCAUGAAUUUGUAUCAUAUUUCAUAUUGCCUCAAAAUUAACCAAAAUGGAAACAACAGAUUGUUUUUUAAAGGUUGUGGAAUGUUCGUUGCACUUGAGUAACUGGAGAAUAUUUUAAUAUCCAGGUUACACUGUUCUUUAUAAAUGUGUCUAGUAGGAUUUCUUUUAUAAAAGAAUUAUUUAAUUUACACAAAUUCUUGGGAAGAAAUAAAAAUUACUUGUCACAAAACACAAUACCGAUUGUCACAAAUUUGAAAAGUCCUUGGAAACCACAGACAAAAGAGUUAUUUCACUAAAAGAAGUAACAAUGCCCUUCGUUAAAAAUCCUGCUUAAUAAGUGACACUUUUAAGAGGAUAUGUAAUGACAUUCCUUAUUAAAAGUUUUCAUCAACUAAUUUACGCAACACAUGUUCCAUAUUUUUUUUUUUUUGAAUAAAAAUGCUUUGACAGCCUUGAUCUGGUUUUUAGUAUAGAUUUCAAAGUAACUUACCCUUGUACAGGUCUGCAGAUAAUACAUGACUGCUGGUCAAUAAGCAAUGUUACAUUUUGUUUAAUUUGUAAGCCCCACAGAAGGGGAAGGGAAUAUUAGAAAAUGAAAGUGAGUAUAAUAUCUGCAGGCAUCACCUGUCAAAUCAUCAAAUAAAGAAUUCAUUAUUAAUUUUGACUUCCUAAUUUUCUAACUUGUAAGCAACCUUUUCUAUUUACAUGGUAUUUUCUUGUAAUAUAUUCCUUUUUUACUGAUAUAAUCACAAACAUUACAAUUUGAGCUGCUUCGUGCUUUUUGAUCAGUUUACCACAUUUUCUAUACACUCACAGUUCUUGCAUAUUCACUGCCCAUGCACAAUAAAAAGGAAAACUUUCAUAGACAAAUAAUGUAACAAAUAAAUGUCAGAUUUAAAAUUGCACCUGUUUCCUAUACAGUUGUGAGAUUUGACAGUUUUAACAAAAUUUCAAAAACAACAUGGGCACUUAGAGUGCCACGUGUUUCUGUGGCCUUUAGACUGUACUGUAAAGUGCCUCACAUCACAUUAUAUUCAUUCAGUGGCACUGGCUGUAGGGGAUCAACCCCAGGCAAUGAAAUUAUGACCAUCUUGUACUCUCAAAUUACUGGUAAACAGGGCUUAAUCGCAUAUGCGACUGGAUUUUUUGUUGUGUGCCUAAAAAUUCAUGUGUAAUCGCAUCUGUGCGCCAUAAAACCCAAAGCACAGUGCGGCCGCCUUGCUUCCGACCAUGCUUACUCGAACUAGAAAGACGUUAAACAGUAGCUUCAAGCAAUGAAAGUAAAAGUAACCUAAGAAUAGUACAACCAGGCUCUAAAUAAUAAAGUUAUGUUGUUUUCGUUUUAUCUGUGUAUGUUGAAUUCAUCCUUUCCCCCAGUGGAUUCCACAAACUCCAAUGACAGUUCAUUUUCAUUUCCAUGUUCUACUCCAUCCCAGAUCUUCUGUAAUAAACGCCGCUAACACAUCCAAAUAUGCUACAAACGAAAUGUGCUUUUUGCGCAAUGGACGAUGAUGUCGAACAUUAAAGGAACACAGUCAGCUGAAGCACAUGCGCAUUAGAUACCAUUUCUUAGUUGAUUUGGAUGUCACAAGACACGCGUGAAACAGAAAGUAAGAAGCGUAUCUGGAAACAAACCUUGUAGAGUUAAACUAGUUACAAGACCAAAUUGUGAUUAUAGGCCCUAAACCACAUCAGAGCACACAUUUUUUAUUAUAACAUUGAGAAUUCACCGAUGGAUUUGUCCAGGAAAAGCCAAACAUCGACGAAUACUUCUGAAUUCGAUCAUCAGUAGAGGUGAGAUAUGACACGGAGUCGGCAUGAACUCAUUGUCGAAGGUUCAAGGUCGAGAAAGCGUGAUUUUCCAAACAUAUGUAACCUUUUCCAUUGCUUUUUCAAAUAGAUAUGACGAUUAUUUGCUUGCCGUGUUAUUGAUUCAUUUCUUUAGUUAUUUUGGUAAACAAAAGCGAUUUCUCCCGUCCGGUGCCUACGCGUUUCUCACUUCUUCUGUUCAUGUUUCUUUGGAUGCUGUUUUAAGCCAAAUAUGAUUAAAUAAUGUCGUACGAUGAGUUAAAGUUUGCUCAAAAAGAGGUUUUCUGUAAAAGAUCAAGGAUCGAAUGAAACAUUGGCAAGAUUGAAGAGGAUUUCUACAAUGUAGAUGUAGCCAACGCGUUCAUUUGAUUUCGGGUUGAGGUAAACCCUUUUCAAACUGACAAAAGUAGUGUCGUGGUCAGCGUGGUCUCAUAGCUGACAGUGUCCCUUUAAGUUUUAAGGUCAAUCAAAACAAAAACAGUGCAGAUUAAGAGCCUUUUUUUCCAGGUAAGAAAGUUUAAGUGAUAUCCCAGUUACAUGUAAGUCAUUGAGCAUUUUACAAAUUCAUUAAAGAUUAAUUUUCAUUCUCGUUCGACAUACUCAUUGUUGUCAGUUUUGAAUUUUUGUUUUAAGUGUAGGGUUUCUUUAGUCACAACUGUACUGUAAAAAAGAGAAAUACUAUUAGUAUUAAAAACCACAACACUAUUACUGCACAGCAAAUUGGCUGUGUUUGUCAAUCACGCAACUGAAAUAAUAGAUGUGGCACUGUUAAGCUUUUUACUUUUUCUUUUGAAAUAGAAUUGCUCCCAGCAUUAUAAGCUCUGCUCCUAAAAUUUUCAGUUGUGUGCCAAAAAUUUUGGCAGUGCACUUAAAAAUUUACAUGUGGUAGCACAAGUGCUCCCAAACUCAAAUUUUAACUUUGAGCCCUGGUAAAUACCACUUGGUGAUAUUUUUCAGUUUCCAGAAAUAGAACUUAUAAUAGAGGUUUCAUGUAUAGAGGUGGUCUGUAACAUUAAUGAGGCCCUCUUAGUAAGGGGGAGUGGAGUGUGGUACAAAAAAAUCAUGUCCUUAGUCUGAAUUUAAACCUGCCUUAUUGUAUAUUGAGGAGGAUAGCCAUGUCCCAGUCAGUUUGUUAAGUACUGUUACAAAAUUGUAUUUGUGCUUUUCUUUGUGGCUGUCACAUCAACUCGUCUUUAUAGUGUAUUUUGUCACCAUUAUUUUCAUCUGUUAUGUUGCUGCUUCAAGGCGACUUUUCUUAAGGAAUAAGGAAACAGCUAACUAACAAGUACUAGGUUUCCUAAAGCUUCUCAUUACAAAUUUUUCUGUUAUAUUUUCUAAGAAACAGAUGAUGAAAUAUGGGAAUCACUAUUAUUUGCGGACUCAUUGGUUACCACCUCUCAAACUGGCAGGGUAAGUGUGUGUACGCAGUCAAACCUUUAUUAAUUUUGUGACCACCUCUCACAAGUGACAACCUCCCAUAAGAGGCUACCUUAGUGUCCAAAACACUAAAUUUUUUUCCAGUCAAAUCCUCUGAACCUCUUAUAAACAACCACCUCUCAUGCCGUUCAGGGUACAGCUGUUUUGAGAAAGGUUGUUGGAAAAAAAUGUGCACGCAACAAUCCCGAAAGUUAAUAUGGGAUACGGUAUGAUCAAUACACUGUUUCUUGACACUGUAGCUGUCGAACCUACUUUUGUUAGGUUGCUUUAUUACUCACAAACAUACAUAUGUACCAUCCAUGGUCUCUCGUGCCAUUCUUUCUAAUUUCUUUGAAUAACAGUGAACUCAAAACCACCCACAAAACCUUUUGGGAUUGUCACAUCCACUUUUUCGGACAACCUUUCUCAAAAUAGCUGUAUAUCAAGAAUUUCCAGUGACAAUGUGGAACUGUACUUACAUGUAACUUAUAAAUUGCAUUCAAUGAAUAAUUUAUUGAUUAUUAUUACUGUAUCUUCAAAAACUUAGAUGUGUCAGGACCUCUUCUUUUUAGCGACAAACUCCUUUAAUCCUUUAAGUCCCAAUAGUGACCAACAUCAAUAAUUAUCUCCUAACAUUAUCCAUACACUCUCAAGAGAUACAUGUAAGUUAUGAGAAUUAAUAAAAUGAUCACCCAAGAGAGAAUGCCUUGAUCUUUUAUCAAAUUCUCUCAACUAAUUCUUUAAGGGAAUGUAUAGAGAUUGGUCAGGAGAAUGUGUAUGUGGAUACUGGGGCUUAAAGGGUUAAAGUACCAUUAAAUCUUUGCAUUUUGGGUGGUUGCUUACAUAAUGUACAACUGUAGUUUUUUGAUUAGUCUCUCCUUCAGUUACAUACAGAUUGAAUACCACAGGUUAAGAUAAUUUUGUCAUUGCUUGCCACGCACAUAAUUAAUGAGAAUUGUUCUGUACUGAGUGUUGACAAAAAGUGACGUAAUACACUGUACUUUUUUAUACUCUUCAUUAAAGGAAAUAGGUGAAAUGACAGUAACAGUGGAAAAUGCCACUUGGAGAGGAAAGCCAUGCUAUCUUGUUCAUGCUAAUAGCCAUGGAAGUGUUGAUCAAGUACCUAUAGGCACAUCUGUCACAGGUACGGUGGAGGUACAGGCCUGGAGGGUACUUUUGGAAUUUUUGGGUGGGGAUGAUUGUGUCACUGAGACUCUGGACCCCUUAGCCUGUACUAGACCUAGUUCAGAUGAAUUUUGUUACCAUAUUUGAAAGUUUUUAUCCAAAAUAUCAAGGGUUCCAAUUGUUUCUCUUUGACUUCUCACUUCAAUUUCCGUUUGUCAGUUAUGAUGCAAGUCAAUUUUUUUGUGAUAGUAUAAAGCCAGAGAUGGACAAAGGUUCCAAGAAUUUGGUACUUAUUUGCAUAAUUGCAUCAAUAAUAUCUUGUCCUUGUUUUUUCAGCUUAUGUUGGAAGAACACUUCAGACAUUCGAACAAACUCACUAUGAAUAUGUCAAGGUACAUUAUUUGAGAAAUUGCAGCUUUUGUGAAUGAAAGUUUAUUUCAUCAGUGAUAUGCUAAUAUGGUAGCUUCCUUUAAUCGCUCAAAGUUACAGUAUAGGUUUUCAGGGUUGAUUGACUAAUUGUCAAGGAAAUUGACAUUUCUUUUAUCCUAUCAUAGUGGAUCAUCAUACGUAACAUGUGUAAAAAUAGUUGGUAUCCUGAAAUUUUUAUUCUAUUAAAUUUUUACUAUUAUGCUUGUUUUUUGUAAGAGCUUGUGGAUGUUAACAUAGUAAAAAAUAACAAAUUUGAAAAUUAGCCAAGGCCAAAAGCGAAGCUCUUGUGGUAACUUACUUUCUUCCUAGCCUGCGAUGACUUUAAUACCAUAAACUAGUAAGUGGAGAACUCUAUAAAGAACACAUCACUUUGAUGAGUUGUACACCUGAGCCUGUGAUAUGGUCAUGUGACACUGGUCUGCAGAUGCCCUAUUUUGACAGCUGUCAAGUGGUCAUGACAUGGCUGUCCGGUACCAGUUUAAUCAGUUUGUAUGCAUUGGAUUCAAAGUAGUAGACUUUUUACAUCUGCUAACAUGAAGGGGCAGAUGUUCGUACCUACAGAAGAUUCUGUCAGAACACAAAUUUCUUGUAUGCAUAAAUAGCCAAAUUUUCUUAACCGUGGUGCUCUGCUAAAAUAUAAUAACUUUAUUUUUUUACAUUGUGACAUCAGCAAGCUCUUAGAAAAAACAAUUCAAAAGAAUCUACAGCAAGGUGCCAAAAUCAAAAGGCCACCCUCAUUUAAAUAAUUGUAUGCUACAUACAUAUAUGUAAAGUAAGGGAGACCAGCUAUCAGUUGCACUGCAGAUUUGCACCAAACCUGACAAGAUUGUAGCCCCAGUUUGCUCCCCACUUUGUGUCAUUUCUGUUUGGUAAAAGCUAUAAGAAAAAUGCAAUUGAGUUAGUUUCUACACAUACUGAACUUUUCUCUUUGUUCUGUUUAGAUACCAGAUAACCCACUAGAUAAGAAAACUCUGAUAGAACUUGACGAGGAUGGUACAUAUUCUGUGAAAAAGACUAUUUCACAGGGAGAGGUCUGUAGCACGUAUAAAAUUGGAUAUUUUACCUCAGAAAAUAACUGAAGUUGACAGGCAGCAUAGUACUUUCCCUAAUUUUGUACUGAAAAUAUUUUUUGAAAGAGGGGAAGUUGGUACUUGCUGUAUGUGUCACCUGUAUCAGGUUCAAAUGAAGUGGGAAGUGUUGUGUUGAUGAGUGAGUGAAAUUCAUUAUUUAUUUUAUUUUAUUGGCCGAGUUGAUAGGAUAGAUGGGCAACGGCCUCAUGGGAAGAUUGAGUUGCUGACGUUAUAAGUGCUAGCACCUCACCACAGCAAAUCAUAGCUUAUAAUUAUGACUCAGUGCAAGCGGUGUGUCAGUGGGAGGUGCAUGAGGAAUGUAAGGCACAAAUGAGACCAGUGGCACUGGCUAAGAGAGUUAACAUGUAUGUUCAGCAUGGAUGACUGGAAGAACAUUACCUUGUAAUAUUAUUAAAAAAUAACUUAAUUACAGUAUAAAUAUGUAUUUUAUGAACACAAUAGCUGCCUGGAUAUAAGCAUCAUCUAGAGGGUGUAUAAAAUGUACUUUCAGGAAAUGCAAAGAACCGAUACAUAUUACAAAAAGGACCAGUUUCAGGGCUUCAUAUCUGAAGGUCAGUCGGUGCAAGAUUUAUAUCUAAAGUUUAACAUUUUAUUUCUCCAAAAGCGAUACCUGUUAAAAAUAGAAGUGAAGAGCUGAGACAUUUUGUGGGGCAUGUAAUAAAACACUGUGUGGACUAAACAUGUAAGCCUGGUUCUCAUAUGCUACCAAUGUAACUGUGACAUAACUGUGCCGCCAUUACUAAUUGGGAAACUGCCUCCUCGGAAACUGUGAUGGCUUAUGGGAACAUACACCACUGGCAAUGAGAAUCGUUACUGGUCUUUACUGCUGGUACAGGUGCCUGCAAAGUUGAACUCACUUUAGCUUAGCAGGCACACCAGUGGUAAAGACUUGGAUUGCCUCUGCUACCAACAACUUUUGUCCUCACAUUUUGGGAACUGUAUCCCAUGAUAUCUUAUGGUAUCUUAUCAUGCAAUAAAACAUGCAUAGUUUUACACAUUCUUUGACCACCAAAAACACCAGGCACUUUGGCUUUAUUAUCCACUAACUUAUUCAUUUGUAAACCAUUUGAUGUUUCAUGGUUUGCAGCUGAAGCGCAGAAAAGCUCACAACCUGUAUGGUUACAUAUUUGAAGCAAAAGACAACUCAGCACUAAGCAAAACUCUUACUUUUAACAGACCAGGAUCAAUUCCAAGUGUCCUACCUCAAAUAAGGCCCUUGAAAAUGUGAAAUCAAGAAAUAUACAACAAAAAAUAUUUAUUACUCGUUAGGUGAUGAGCUCAUUAUGUUUUUCGUUUCCUUUUUCAGGGGCAAAUCUUUUGCUGCAAAGAAUCAUGGCCAAGAAAGGUGUUCCAUCCGAUCUAACAUUUGUUGCUUUUGACUCAACAACCAGUCUUUGUACAUCAUCGUAUGUAAGUCUGCAAAAAAAAACAACAAAAUUGGUGAAGUGUUAUGUUUAUGCGUGUAGUAGCACCCCUUAACAUAGCUAAAUCACAAGGAUUUAGUAUCAUCCUUAACUAAUCUACAAUCUUGGACAUAAUGUAUUGGAAAAUUACACUCCUCCCCCUCUAAACCCAAAUCAAGAAGUGGAAAAUGGCACGUUUUGGCUUUUGCACGACUUCAUCCUCGAUUUAGGGGAGUGAUGGGGGGAUUCUGAGAUUGUAAUCUCCUUCGCUGUGGGAGGUACGAGUUCUUAAAGGUGGUAAGCGGGAGAAAUAGGAGGAGAUUAUGCAAUAAAUAAAAUGCGUAACAUUUUGAAAUCGAUAAAGAGCCAAGAAAAAAAGGGGACGGGAGCCCUGUCUCCCUCCACACUCAAGGACAGCAGCACUUGAAAGUCGCUAAUUUUCUCUCCUCCCUCCGCCUGUCACCUUCCUCGCAGAGGCAAUUUUCGCACAUGCUCGGAAACAAUUUUGUUAAAGUACGUGAUUGUACACGGGCUUGAGCGGCUCUUUACCCCGGCUGCAACAAGGCAAUGGGAAAUCGUAAAGACACUUUUAAGAACAUUUCUUUGCCUUUUCUUGCACGAUGAAGACGUGAAAUUACCCAGUGCGAGUUUUUAUGGAGGAUAUAAACACAUAACGGGAAUUUUGUUUCUUUCUCUUUCUGAACUUCGAUUAGGUCCCGAAUAAUUCAGUUAUUGUUAGUUACACUUAUAUUUAACAAAUUGCACCAGCUGAAACAAUCGCUGCCGUCAGUUUCAUAGUUCCUUAAGCUCAGAAGUGAAUUGGACGGAGAGAUCCUCUCAGUUAGUCUCUGCACCUUUCCUUUAACUUAUAACAAGUAAUCCGCCCAGCCUUACAAGCGAUGCACUGUUGGUUACCUUACAUUGAAAUGCUAAUUCUCCAACAGAAAAUGCUUGGUAAAUCUAGUCGGAAGGUUGGCGGACAGCACGUAACUGUAACAGGACUUCAAAGAACAAUUCACUCAAUACAGGAGUCUCCUACAACCUGGGAGUCUUAUUUCUUAUCCACUGGGUAAGUUCCAAUUAACUUUAAUAUGCUUCUUUAGCCAAAAACCAAGUCUUAGUCAACACUCCUUGUCAGCCUAGAAACCAGUGUAGUUCCUAACUGACCCUAACUUGCUACCGGUUUAAGAACCUAAAAUGGGGUGAUAUAUAUACAUUUCGUGGAGGCAGCGUGGCCGAGCUGUUAGAGCGCUGGACUUCCAAUCCGGAGGGCUCGCGCGAGUUCAAGUGCUGCCCUGACCGCUAGCUGAAUUUGUUCACGGUAAUCCCGAGUUCAGAUCCUCGGCCACGCUUGUAAAUAGCCAGCUGGUUUGCCAACUGGUUUGCCUCCUAUCAGUUGGGAUUUUUAACCUUUCUCUGAUUUUAUUUGUUUCAUUAUCACUGAAAAACCCCAAAAGGAGAGAGUAUAAUUAAGAGCGAAUGCACAGAAAAAUCGAGCAAACCGUGGCCACAGCUCAAAACCUAACCUACCUUCAUUUUAAGUCUGUAAUAUGGUUUUAAUGAAUUUAUAACACUGCUGAGGUUUAAAUUUCAAAAUGCGGCCGAAUUUGGGAAUUAUUUGAGAUUUUCGAUUUCAACGGUCUGCGGGCCUAAAAUUAGCCGCCGAACACGGCAAUAUAGUCUAGCGACAGAAAUGAGCUGACUUUCAUAAACGAGCGAAUAUAUUGGCAAUCUUCUACUUAAAUCUCAAAAAGCAGAUAUCUAACAAUUUCUAAACAGCACAUUUUUUUAGAUUUAGAGAAUAAAAUAUCGACGAACGAGCACAAUUUUGAAACGUAAUUUGCAUAAUGCUUAUAAAUACAACAAUUUACCGCUAAAACCAAAAUCGAAUUUUCUAUAUGGGGGAAUUCUCCAAAUCACCCCAAAUCCCGCUUACUACCUAAUGAGAUAUAGUACUUCAACAUUAUCUGAAAGUUAGUCUGGUGUUCUUGCGAACGCUUGUAAAAUAGAUUGAUUAUUUUGAGGUUAUUUUACGCCAAACAACCGCUAAUUGACCCCAGGGUCAGUUGACACGUGCACGUCACCUUAGUUUUACGCAUCGAUUUCAGCUCGUUAAAAGGGAGAAACCAACAAGAUUCAUAUGUACCUGUUUUAAUGAAAUACACGCAAUCUUGAAAAGGAGAGGCCGUUCAAUGGGUAAUUUCUGUUCUUGAGAUCUUGUAGAUUGUACCAUGGCGUCUGCGAGUGGACCUGAGUCUAGGUCUGUUUUCCCUUGACUGCGAAAUCAGAAUAACAUCAUGAAAUAAUUCCGCUCGAACCUUCGUAAAUGAAUCAGCUUUGCAGUGCCUUACCUGAGAUAAAAAGUGGGCCGAAUAGGAAAACAUUCUAACGCAAUUUGGAUCCUUUGCAGCACGUAGUGUAUUUGCUAAGCCGCGACGGUAUCAAUGACUUUUAAUCCGAUUGCGUGACCAAGCAAUUAUCGAUUGUCUCCUGCGAAAAAUAAGUGCACGGGAAACCAAAGCUUUCGGGAUACAGUAAAUUCAUUUUCCUGUAUGACCAGGUGUCCUUUUGUCCUAUUUUAAAAGCGGUUAACUAAGAUGAUUACCAAACAUACUGUCCCACUUUUAAAAAUGGUACAGUAACUGAAUGUCAGCUGUUCUUCUGAUUUUACCCCCAACCCCGGACUGUUCAGAAGAUAUAUUUGCACUACGCAUGAAAGGCAAAUGGAUUAAAUUUUAAGGUUCAAGGCGGUUUUAAGGCAUGGGUUACCAGUGGAUUAGUCAGACUUGUCAUAAGGUGCAUUGAACAGAAAAUUACAGGCAUGAUAUCUCUGCUAUUGUAUGCCCGGCCCAUUAAGUGAUUUUCCAGCAAACAUCAUUUGUUGACUUUUUUUUUACCCAAAAGUUUUUUUUUCCGUUCAAUUCUUAUCUAUAACAUCUAAACUUAGUUAAAUUUCUGUAAUUUGUUGUUAAAUGCAAUUCUGCAAACAACUAGGUAUUUAAUUUUGCGUAAAAGCUACAUGAAAUUGUACUGUUUAGCCGUAAAUCAUUAAAAAGAGAAAGCAUCACGCUUUCUCUUUUCAAGUCUAGUGGGACUUAAGUAAUGGCAUUGCUUAAGUCCUAGUAGUUUUACUCCAUGUCUGCUAAGGAGGAAAUAGUUUGCUCUUUUCAAGAAAUUGUUCUUGCCCAUUGCGGUUUCAAACCAAGGAUAGCAGCAAGUCUGUCGUGGUCAUAUACUGCUACUUCAGUGCAAACGAAGCAUAGGCGCACAAGUCAGCGCUUGCGUUUAGUCAGGUGCCGAAAAUGAAGUGGAAACUUAACCCCAAGGGCGUCCAUGUUCGCUCCGGCUCGAAAAGGUAGAAUCAGUUGUGCAGUAAAAACUAAUGCGAAAAACCUGCGGGGGCUGGGGAAAGAAAGGCUUCUAAUUUUUCUUUGGCUUGUUCUAUUUUCGCGACGUGGUACAGGCUACGAAAUACUGACAAGCUCAGUAUAUGUCUUCACCACCGAGAGUCACUUGCCCUUAGCCGGACACGCCCCUCACGUAUCAUGUUUCGUUCCUAAAGUUAUUUCAAAGCACAGAACCAAACCUAAUCAGCGGCCGAAGGCAGAAAGGGGGAUGAACAAACGGAUGUCACAGCAUAUUUGUAAGAAACUGGUAUCCUUGUGCCUAUCGGCUCAGGAACGAUUGAUCACUACUAGAAUUAAUAUCAGGGUUAGAAUUUGAGCGCUACAAUGGGAGGGAAGGAAGAAAAGGAAACCACCGCGCACACCUGUUAAGUCUUUUAUAAACUUUCUCGUCCUGACGGUUUCAAAGAAGGGCGUUGUGGCUGCUAUUUAAUUUACAGUGUCUGUUGCUGGUGUCGAAUUAAUCUUACAGCAACUGGAAACGUGGCCACGCCUGCUGAAACUGAGAUUGCUUGUAGGAUGAACGGCUAUAGUUUGGUAUAUUCACGAGCGCGUUUUGUCCAGUGAACUGAGUGCGCAGUUUUUCUUAACGAAGGGAUGGGGUGGGUCAAGUGAAUAGUUCUGGGAACGUUUGCUCUCUUUGGUGGAGGGAGGGGGUAUAUUUGUUGAUAUCGGGAUUUCUGGCCUGGAUAGAGUCGUUGUAAAGCGCGCUAUUUUUGCUUCGGAGUAUUGGUUUACCGGAAGGUGAGCAAGGAAAAGUCAAUGGUGCAUUUAUGGAAUAAUAAUAGAGAUUCUCAUGGUCUAACGGUGCGAAUAUAAAACUUCUGGUAAGCUGGCAACGAUCAAGGCCCGCAUUAUAAUUCAUGAUAAUUGAAGGUCAUGAUGUGGAAAAAGCGACCGAAAAAGGGUGGAUGCUAUGCAAUCCUCUCGGGUGGGGGCGGCGUACCUGGCCUUAACGGUUCCCCUGCGACAGAAGGCAAGCAUGCCCAGAUUGUCCACGGGUUGCUAAAUGAGACUGUCCCUUUCUUAGUACCCGUUCCCUGUCUUAUAAUUAGACCCGGGCAAAUUUCUCGAGAUUGCACCAUCAUUUUGGGCUUAAAGCUUCCAAAGUCCAACAAUAAUAGCGCAUGUUCGCGACGGUUUUUUAAGUCAGUCAAGUUCUUAAACCAGGCCUUAAACGGCCAGUUUUAAGUGUCGAUAACAGUUAAAAAGGCAUACAAGCCUCAUGCAAAAGACAGUGGGAAGGAAGUGCAGAUCGGUGAUGGGGAAAAAGGAGUAGCCCACAGUUAUUUAGGGGUGGAUCUUUCGAAACAUUCUUAUACUCUUGGACAGAUAUGCAUUGUUUAAAGUUUUAGACAAACCAGGAGUAAUUUAUAGUAACAAACUGUUAAAUAUACACCAGCAAGAUUUUUUCGAAUCCUAUUUUUCGCUGGAGACUAUCGUUUACUGGCUGGUCACGCAAUCAAAGGUAACGUACUUUCCCACGUUUGUUUACUCACCUUUCGCUCAGCAAUACACUGCGUUCCACAAAGGAUCCAAAUUGCGCUAGAAAUGUUUUGCUAUUCGGCCCACUUUUUAUCUCAGGUAAGGCACUGCAAAGCUGAUUCAUUUACGAAGGUUCGAGCGGAAUUAUUUCAUGAUGUUAUUCUGAUUUCGCAGUCAAGGGAAAACAGACCUAGACUCAGGUCCACUCGCAGACGCCAUGGUACAAUCUACAAGAUCUCAAGAACAGAAAUUACCCAUUGAACGGCCUCUCCUUUUCAAGAUUGCGUGUAUUUCAUUAAAACAGGUACAUAUGAAUCUUGUUGGUUUCUCCCUUUUAACGAGCUGAAAUCGAUGCGUAAAACUAAGGUGACGUGCACGUGUCAACUGACCCUGGGGUCAAUUAGCGGUUGUUUGGGGCAAAAUAACCUCAAAAUAAUCAAUCUAUUUUACAAGCGUUCGCAAGAACACCAGACUAACUUUCAGAUAAUGUUGAAGUACUAUAUCUCAUUAGUUAGUAAGCGGGAUUUGGGGUGAUUUGGAGAAUUCCCUCAUAUAGAAAAUUCGAUUUUGGUUUUAGCGGUAAAUUGUUGUAUUUAUAAGCAUUAUGCAAAUUACGUUUCAAAAUUCUGCUGGUUAGUCGAUAUUUUAUACUCUAAAUCUAAAAAAUGUGCCGUUCAGAAAUUGUUAGAUAUCUGCUUUUUGAGAUUUAAGUAGAAGAUUGCCAAUAUAUUCGCUCGUUUAUGAAAGUCAGCUCAUUUCUGUCGCUAGGUUAUAUUGCCGUGUUCGGCGGCUAAUUUUAGGCCCGCAGACCGUUGAAAUCGAAAAUCUCAAAUAAUUCCCAAAUUCGGUCGCAUUUUGAAAUUUAAACCUCAGCAGUGUUAUAACCUCAUUAAAACCUUAUUACAGACUGAAAAUGAGGGUAGGUUAGGUUUUGAGCUGUGGCCACGAUUUGCCGAUUUUGCUCGAUUUUUCGGUGCAUUCGCUCUUAAGUACUUAAUUUAGCUUAAUUUAAUUCGUUGUGCAGCGUCGUUGCACAGAGUAAGAAUUCGUGUAAGUAGAUACCAUUACACCCGAAACUCAAACUUAAAGAGUUCACUUAAUGACGUUGCAAAUGGUUUUGGGAAGCGUUUGCACCAGGUAUAAUUAACUAAUAAAGAAACCUUGACUGUGCUCUUUGCUGUCGUAAAGCACGCAGCAAGUGGCAGGAGCUCGACAGAAGUGUAGGGGGAAACACGACACUAAGAGUAGUCGAGUGUUUCUCCCUACUUCUUGAGUGUUCUUCCCACUUUACGAUUUUUCAACCAAUCAGAGUGCGCGUUGUAUCUGAACUUUGUUAAAAUACAUAUAUAACAGUCUGGAACACUCACUACAUUUUAGGUUUAGAGGUUUUGCUACUUUCUUUCGAUUUUAUCGGUCAACGUUUUGAAUGCCUAGGCUUCUAAAGUUUUCGUAUGAUUCCAUGUGACAGCACUGCUAAACGCACAAGUUUUCAAGCCGCCGAUAAUUCAUGGAUCAUUAUACGUUUCUGGGAAACUGCCCACCUACCCCUCCCCUAAGCCAACAUUUUGCCCCAAGUGAGAAGUAAGUGUUAAUGUUGGCUAAGGGGAGGGGUAGGUGGGCAGUUUCCCAAAACGUAUACAAAUUCAUCCGGUACCGUGUGAACCUAGCCUUUUGACUGCCUCGCCAAAGGCAUUAGGGACCUUAAGAUCUGAGGACGACGACGGUGGCGAAAACAUCGCCUAAAAAGUGAGCUCGCGUUCUUUCAAUCUUCAUCUCCAUCUUCAUCUUUGUCAAAUAUUGGCGAAUUCUUUUGGAUUUGAAUUCCUAAUAGCAAUAUUCAAGUUCAAAAAAAGAGAGAAAAUUUUGUCGUCGUUUGUUUACUUCCGCCAUAAAACGUGAAUUUAGGAAGUUUCACGUCGUAGUCGUGCAGUGCUGGCAAAGAAAUGUACAAAAAAGCGUGAAGCACGUGCAAAAUUGUUGUUUUGCUAAUGAAACCUAUUGCUUUUUUGAAGUUCUCGUUGUCGUCGCCGUCGUGGGAUCUUAAGGUCCCUAUUAUUAGGGAGCUUUAGCAACGGCGCCAGUAACGACAGCGCCAAAACAGGAAUGGGUUUGUUAAACAAAACAACAAUUUUGCACGUGCAUCACGCUUUUUUGUACAUUUCUUUGCCGUCACUGCACGACUACGACGUGAAAAUACCUGAUUUCACGCUUUUUGGAGGACGUAAACAAGCGAAGACGAAUUUUUGUUUCCCUUUGUAAACUUGAGUGCCGUCCCCAAGAAAUCGGCUCUAGGGAAAUGUGCCUACAUUUGACAUUUUCAGCGGAUUUGAAUAAACGCGACAACGUUUGAAAAAACGCGAAUACCUUUUCAAAGUGACGUUUUCGCUUCCGUCGCCGUCGUCGAUACUAAAGCUUCCUAUUAUUAGCCUGCGUUUCAGCCGGCCCGCGCACAUGCUGUCUUGAGUGUCAGGAACGCGGGCUACAUCAUUAUUUGCAUUCUGUUUUUGUAUUCUGUAGGCAUUUGGCGAGUAGAACACAGCUUGGAUCGCAAGUUACAAUGACCCUGCUAAGAUUACCACAGGAACAUCAAAAUGAAGGUAGGCUGGCUGCUAAGUGACUUUUGCGUGGGGUUUCCCAACACGGUCUUUGUAGCCCCACUACAGGCCUCUCUGCCUGGUGUUGUUCUACAAGCUCUCUUUGGUUCGUCUUUCUUUUCGAGUCGGUAGAUCAAAUCAUUUACCUUGGUACUGUUUACUCUGUACAAGUCGGUUAAAAUUUUUGAGUUUGUGGACAAGAUCGUAUGGUUUGGUAAUUCAAAUGAAACCUCUCAUGCAGAAUUUUUCGUAUGGUAUUAUUUGAAUUUUGAGUUUUGGCAUUUAUGACUAAUCAUCUAACAAGGUUAAACACUGAACAUUUUUCGUUCCAUUGUUUGUAACUACAUGGUGUAUUGAUUUUUGUUCCAUUUAUUUGUCAGAUUCCGAAGUGUCAGAGGAGACACCAGUAGUCAAACCACUGAGAUGGGAGGAAGACAUGCAGUUGUUUUCACGUUUUUUAGACCGAAAGGUAACACUUCUUGCAAUUUAUUUGCGCUUUUGAUCGUCAUUCAGUAUGCAAACCUCGUAGAUUUUCCCGUCAGAGCCUCAUUGCGUGCCUAUUAACUUGUACCUUUUUACAGAUCAUUCGUUUGCUUUUGCAAUCGCGAUACUCACCAACUGACAUCCAAACUACACCAAAUUUUAGCUUCAGGACCAGCCCCAUCCACACAUAUCGAGGUAUUUUUGAAAACGGAGUUUUUUUUUUCUCCGUUUAAGCCUUGCGUCCACACGUCAACGGCGUUUUCGUGCAUCAGGAACGCAGCUUUUCGGAAACGGUUCCCAGAGUGGAGUUUCUUUAAAAAGAGCGUACUUAUCGUUAUCGUGUGGACGGACGAGAACGAAGGUUUUGGAUUACGAUGACGUCAUACAUCAUACAGCGCAUGCCCUGUAAGGGAUGCUAUAGUAUUUCCAUCGUCAGCUAGCGUUUUCGAGUGGAGGGGCGGAAAUGAUUCGAAUACGCUACGCGUGGACACGAAUUUUUUUUUGCGAAAAUAGAGACAAAUCUCGGUUUUCAAAAAUAUCCUGAUACGUGUGGACGAGACCAUUGUGUUCGUCAGUUGGCCUUUUCCGAGUUCCCAAAACUCUCUCUUUCAAAACGAGGCUAAGUGCAAAAGUUUUCUUGUGAAAAUGAGUUUUAUUUGUACGACAAUAAUAAAAUCAUUUUCAUAUUAAUGACCUCGCACUUAGCCUCACCUUCAAACAGAGGCUUAGGGCAACUCGCGAAUGACGUAUUGACUAACAAACGACCUCGUCAACUGACAAGCAAACUUCGUUUGUAUUCGUAGGCGGAGUUGGCUGACGAUCAUGCUACUUACAUGAGAAGGCACCCCGAACUACGUGCCCUACUUGCCGACUUUCUUCAGUUUCUGCUGCUCAGGAAACCUGAUGACGUCACCGGCUUCGCCUCCGAGUUUUUUGGAGCUUUUUCCACGGCUGCGCCGUCUGCACCCUCAUUUGCACGUUCAUCUCCAAGCCCUGCGCGGCCAUCCUCUUCGCCUUAGCGGGUGUUUUAUGCCAUAAACCUCCAAGUCGUGUUCAAAAUAUACUUUUCGAAAUGAUAAUUAUUUGUACAGAAGAAUGAAAGUGUAAGAAUGAAAUCUGUUAUAUUUCCCGCUGUUUUGAAGACCUCGAUGUGUUUGGGUACACUGAGUACAGUCUCGCUCUGUUGAGGCAAGUUUAAGAACCCAGGGCCAUCACUUAUACAGUUCAAGAGAAAACUAAAGCGUUGGGAUCUCUCAUCAUCUCUUGAAUGUUUUCUAUCGUGCUUCCAAGCGUAUUAAAAUUACUUCCACAUUCAAAAUCAACUGAAGCUGAUACAAGUAUAUUACGGUUGUGUCUUCUCUCAGUCUCGUUACGUUGAGUUUUGUGAAAGCUUCCGACUGAGUAGUUCUUCACAUCUCCAGUUUUUUCCUUGCCCUUCACAAUGUACUUCUAUAAAUUUCAAAUUAUAUAUAUGAAACAAAACCUGAUGGAAUCUUUCAAAUUAUCUAUCAUUUGUGUGCACAUUGUGAUAUAUUCAAGGAAUUUUUCGGUGUAUAGUUUUUAGUAUUAUGUCUGUGAAGAGAUCAGCAAGUCUUGUUGCUUUUAAAUCUUUUGAACCGCUAAAUUGAUGUUUGCGUUAGUUUCUUUAUCAACUUCUUUUAUUGGCCACUGACGAGUGUCAGAAACGGUGACGUUACUGUAGGUGAUUUACGUCAACGAACUCUGUGAAUGAACCCAAAUUUUGGUCUUCCAGUAACAGUAAACACACGGAAUCUUACUUUACAGAUAUUUCUGUUCUCUUUCUCUAUUUUUCUUUCGUUACUCAACUCUAUUCUUUUGUCUAUAUAAGAUGCGUCAAAGGAGACGAUAACUCGGUGUAAAACUGAAUGCAAAAUACCUAGUAUCACGUUCAUAAACGUUUAUUUAACUCUCCCUGGCGUCCCAUGUCAGGUAAUCCGGGAAAUUUGCGGAAUUCGGAAUCCUGAGGUUUGGAAUUCGUAAUCCAGCUCAAGGAAUCCGGAAGCCGAAUCCAGUACCUAGAUCCGGAAUCCAUGGCGUGGAAUCCAGAAUUCAAGAUUACCUUUCAUGGGACGACUCCUUAAAUCUAUUCU